GGCUUAACACGCCAUCGCAAAAGUUCUGCCAAUUUGCGGGACUUUUGCCUCCUCGUGGACAUUCAGCCCAAUCAGCCGUAUUUUUGGACGUUCUGGACCUUCAUUUCCUUUUCCACAGCCCUCAGCUUAUGUCCAACGACAACCUCGCCAAUACAGUCGCCAACAUCAUGUGGUCUACCUUCCCCUUCGCGGUGUUCCCCUUGACAUGAACACAUCCGAUGUUGUCAGCCCAUUACGUCCUCUCCCAUCAUGCCGAAGAGGUUUUUAGUCGCUGUACCGGAAGUGUCCGUUCGUUCUCGCAUUUUAACCGUACGGAAUGCCACGAACCCAUCCUCAACGCUCCCUCGUCCCAGUCACCUGAAGUCCGACUUGCACCAUGAGUAUAGUCAUUACCCCUCCCUCGAUUCCGGUCAGCGAAGCCCUCGUCGUCACAUACCUCCCUAGCUUCCAUAAAACCUAUACCGACUACGGCGUACGGUUAACCAUUCUUCCUCCUGGCUUUCGCACUGGCAUUAUCGAACGUUUCCUUGAAGGUGAAACUCUCCACCGAAUUCAGCCCACAAGAGACACUCCACUCGCCGGCGUUUUCGCCGCCUUGGACAGCCACUCGCCCAUCAAAACAUGUUCUCUUUCUAUAUUCUUCGUCACACCGCAACGCAAAGCACCCCGUAACUUGGCCAUCUCACUACUAUUCCAACGUCUCUCGCAGCGUGUGGACGUCGCUCUCUUGACAGUCCUGUGCUUUUACGAAACUGGGCAUCAUGACCGCUCCUUCGCCACGGAUACAACCAACGACCUCACCUACGACACCCUCAAGCCCCUUUUGGAGCUGCCGUCCCUCCAAGACUUAACCAUCGAUACCCGUCGUAGCGUUCGGCUCACCAGCAAAGAACUCGUGCAAUUCAUCCGCUCUUGGCCCGGACUUCGAGCGUUACAGAUUAAUUCCUAUGCUGGGUGGGGCGUCACUAAACCCGAGCACCUUCCUUCGCUCUCUGUAGUGAUUAGAAUCUUACGCAGGUGGCCCUCGAUGGAACGCAUCGCUCUCGAUGUCUACGGAGUUGUGGCAGCCGACGUCAAUCUUCCGCUUGAUUGUCGAGUAAAUAAUCUGCGACAUGUUGAAGUCCGACUUGUUGGCUCUGGCUCUGUUCACCAGGACAUUAUAAAUCGUACGCAAGAUAUUCUGAAAGUACUUGCGCCUCGGGCGUGGGUUACCAGACGAGACUGUCUCGUCGCGAUGGCCACAAAACGAAUCAAGGAGAUUCAGGUUUCGGAGGCGAUGACCAAGAUACGAAUUAUACUCUUGAAGGGCAGAAAUGGUCGCACCGUUGAUCGCCAUAUUCAGGGACUGGAGAUUAGGACAACAUUCCAGGAGCCUGCAGAGCGCGCCGGCGGAAGGCAAGUCUGUCGCGAGCAGGGCGCCCCAGCCGGCGGUGGAAUUGAGACGAAGCUCCCGUAA